UGGUCCCACGACACGUGUAAAAGUGCUGACAACUGUAACCUCCUUUUUUUCCCCCAGCACCGCCUCUCCCACCUCCUCCAACUGCAUCGCCUUCCCCUUCCCCCUUCACUCUCUUCUCCUUCCCAAUGAGGAGCACCUCACACAGAGCAACUCGGACGAUUCCACCCGCCCUCCGGUGCGAUUCCACCGACUUUACGCCUUUUCCACCUGACCUGAUGCAGGGCACAACAGAGGCAGAACCUCUGUCAAUGGCAGUGGAGUGGACAAAUGAGAAACAUAGUCUGUAUCUGAAGUCCAUGGAAGCAUCGUUUGUGAACCAGUUAUAUGAUUCCAAGCGAAUUCUUGGUUGGAGAUAUCAUGAAGGCACUUCCUUCCCCUCUACUGCCUCUUCUGGCCAGUUCAAGGUGCUUCGAGGUGGUAGUUGGCACAACAUCAACUUUAAAAGAGAAAAUCCUCAGAUAAAUAGAGCUAAUGAAUGCCAUGAUUUAAAUGAAAAUCCUUGGAUUCAGCACUUCAGAUCUUCAAGCAAACAAGGAAGUGUAACAUCUCCUGUGGUUGAAGAAACUGCUACUUCUAAAAUGGAAGCUGCCGGUUUAGGCCAGAGGAGAGGAAUUGUCACUGGAUUACCUACGAGUUCAGGGCACAUUCACCUCUGCAAGUCUCGCUCAUCUCAGCAAGAUGCGUUAUGCGAUGAUACAGAGAUGUCAGAUCAGAACUUCGUUGAUGAAGAAGUGGAAGGCGAAAAGGAAAGCGAGAGAAGCAGUAACGUCAAAAGGCUGAAACCUCUGGAAUCUCAUACUAAAUACAAUGACCAGAUGGUGCCUCUGAGCAAGUAGUGUACCAGUGAAGAUGUAACACAACAACUACUGUGUUUCUGCAGCUCAGAGUUUAGCAUCACUUCACUCGCGGGGUGGCAGCUGAAAUAGGGCCCGGCUUAAUUUGAACAUCAAACAUGCCGCCGAUUUUUGGAUUUUGUUAUUGUAACAUAUAUAUGUUGUUGCAAUUCUCACGCUAAUAAUAGUCAUUGCUGGGAUCAUCUGUCA